UAAGAAAUAACCUGAAAAAAAACCCAAAACAUUACCGUUUUAGUUACGUUUUUAAAUAAGCGAUUCAUAUUUAUUGUAAAAAUUUUAAAGUAAAUUUCUUUAUUAGCGCUACACAUUUGUUUAGCAACCCUUUUUUUAGGAGGAAAGGGUUUGACACUUGAAGGGCGUGAGUGUUGGAGAUCGUGUAGGGGCGUUACUCUCGAGCAGUUGCGCCCAAAUAUAUUAUCACAGUUGUUUUGCUUUCUCUUGACAUAACUCGAACCAUGAUAAACUAUCUGUGAAGGAGAGUUACGAUGCGUUUAUUUUUCCUUUUUUGUUCUCCUUGAAAUCUGAGCAGAGAAUAUUAAACAGAAAACGCAAAUACAAGAUCCGUAUUUUAAUGUGUUGUUAAUCCUCCGACGCAAAUAUUUUUUUAAAACAUUUUAUUUUGAAAAGAUAUUUAGACUGAUCUACAGAUCUUACGACAGUUAUUAUAAGAACAAUAUGUAUUCUUAAAUCCUGAGAAAAGAAAAAAGAAAUACAUUUAAACCUGACGAACAGCAAGUGUGACCAAUACUUCGAGAAGGUGUUGAAUGUACCUACUACAAAUCAGCUAGUAAGUGUGAACAUAGAGAGCAAAAUGGUCAAACAACACAAGAUAUACACUUGGUGCAUAAUUGUGAUAUUCUUUCUGCAUGUUCAAUCAACUAUUUCGCAAUGUGUUGAAUCAUAUCAUGUUAUACAGGAGAAACACACGAUGAAAAUGCAAUCAAGACGUGACGGCGAUUACAAUUUUCACGUCUUAAUGACGUUAACAGCCGACAGUAAAUGCGAUAACGUAACGUCAGUCGGUUUACUAAGAAUAUUUGGUGUAAAAUUUGCAGUUGAAAGAAUCAACGCGGAUAAGAAUUUUUUACCAAAUAUUAGCAUUGGUUACGAGAUGAACGAUGGGUGCCUAAGUGUUCCCAUCACAAUGUCACGUGGUAUUGAUGUCGCUCGAAAAUAUCGCGACAGCUUUUGUAAAAAAAGAAACGAUACAUGUUAUUUAACGGAACAAAACAAAGGACAGAAUGUAGCAGUGAUUGGUGCUUAUUAUUCUUAUGCCUCGCUACCCCUUGCAAGUCUACUAAGCUUACACAAUAUUCCACAAAUUAGUUAUGGUUCGUCGUCGCCUUUGCUUAGUAAGAACAAAUUGUACAAGUCAUUUUACAGAACUAUUCCUUCGGAUAAAAAUCAAAUUAAUGUUUUUAUAGAGAUUUUGAAACACAUGAAUUGGACAUAUGUUUUUGUUGUGGGUUCGGAUGAUGAUUAUGGAAAACUAGCCGUGACCGGUUUAAAAAAAGAAGCUUCUAGUAAUGACAUUUGCUUUGCUGGGGAGAUGUAUAUACCACAUGAUACAGCUGAAACAAGAGCAAUCGCUAAACAGAUCGUAAGAAAAAUAAAAAAAGAUGAAAAGGCUCAAGUUGUUCUCAUGUUCGGUUACGCCCAAGGUAUGGCCGAUCACAUUUUAACGGAGGCCGAAAAUAAUGGUUUGCAAAGGUAUUGGUUGACUAGUGAAGGCUGGAAUCCACAUAUAUUAAAAGUAAAUGCUCCACCAAACCAACUCUUAUCCGUGCUAACUAUAUCUCUUGUUAAAGGGAGGCUUCCUGAAUUUUCAACCUACUUACGUGAUGUUGUUACACGAGAUCAUAAUUGCGACAUCUGGAUGAAAACAUUUAUAACACAACAGUUUAAUUGUAACACUUCUAUCAUCAAAGGUGAAUAUUUUAUCGGAAAAAAACAUAACCAACCCAGCGAAAACUGCAGUUUGCGUAUAUCUACGGUUACUGACUACAUAGUACGACAGAAUCCAAACCAAAUAAAUAACUUAGUGGAUGCAGUGUACGCGUUGGCGCAUGGCCUAGACGCAGUGGUUAAAGAGAAGUGUUCUGAUGUCACAAUAACAGAACGUUGCGUACCUCGCAUAGAAGUGGAAGAGUUAACAAAAGCUAUGCAUAAAGUAUCAUUUGAAAGUUUACAAAAUAAACGGAUCGAAUUUGAUAAAUACGGGGAUAUUAAAGCUGUGUCUUAUUCUAUAGAAAAUUUAAAACGUGUAAACGGAUCCUUCCAAUAUCAACCUGUUGGAAAAUGGUUAAAAACACGUAAACAAAAACUAUAUUUAAAUCCUAAGGAAAUAACUUGGCCUCGAUGGUUUAAUUUACAUUCUCGUUGCAGCAGAACGUGCCAACCUGGUGAAUUUGUUGUAGGUAAACGAGGCUGCUGUUGGGAGUGUAGAGCAUGUCCUGAAAAUACAGCGAGUAAUAUAUCAAACGCUAAUUCUUGCGUACAAUGCUCGCAUGGCUAUCAUACUGAAAAUAACAUUAAUUGUGAGAUGACACAAAUAACUUAUUUAUCGUAUGAAAGCAAUGUUGGAAUAGUUAUCGUUACAAUCAGCGUUGUAGGUGUUAUAUCCACUUUGCUAGUUUGUUGUGGUUUUUGUUUACAGAGGAAAACAGAUGCCAUAAAAAAGCCUGGAAGGUUGCUUCAAUCGAUUGCUUUCUUGAUCAUACUUGCCACAUUUUUAUUCGCGCCCUUUCUAGUUCUUCAGCCAAGCAAGACAUUGUGCACUGCUAAAGAAAUAUAUUUUGCUUUUUUAGUCAGUGCGUAUUGCUCAUUGCUAUACGUUCAAAACAAAUCCGUGGUCAAUUUCUUCACGAAAUGUAAAUCAGAUAAAAAAGAGAAUAAACAGAUAGGACAAGUGACCAUGUUCAUUUUGCUCAUUUUGAUUCAAGUGUUUUUUAUAACCGCGUGGAAGUCAACAACAGAAUUGAAUGUGGAGCAUCACAAAACACGCGUGGAUGAAAUUCUAGAGCAAUGCCCAUCCAAUUUUCCGGUCCUUAAAAUAGUCAUCAUUGUUUACCCAUGCAUCGUACUCGCCAUGGCAACCAUUGCCGCCUUUCCAGAUCGUCACCAACCUCACAAGUAUUCAGAGCCAAAAUAUAUAAACUACACAUGUGUAGCGUCUUGCAUACUAACAGUAGCUUACUUGUUUUCCAUGAAACACGUCAAAGGAAAAUUUCAUGCUAUGGCUCUAUCUUUCACGCUCAGUGGAUACGGUUUUGUUUAUCUGAUGUGCCUGUUGACACCAAAGUUAUAUUGGGCACUUACCCGGCAAAAUGUUAGAAUUAAAGAUUCUGUGAAAUCAGACAAUGGUGUAGCUAAUGAAGCUUAUAUCGCAGAGGAGGAAAACAAUAUGAAAGAUGAACCUAUUCAACAUCUGACGCGACUAUGAGGACUUGCAAAUUAAAAGUACAUAACAUUGAUUUUUAUUUGUAGUAAUAGCUUUUUCUAUAACAACACGAGACUCCAAUAAGACGCCACUUAUAGCGUAGUUACCAAAA